UUAUAAACUUCUUCUUUUUUUUAUUUUGUAUAAAAAAAAUACCAUCUCUUCACUCUUCUUUACAAACUGAAUCCUCGAUAUAUAGUCAACAGAUCAUGAAACUAUAACAAUGGGACUAUAACUUUCAAAGUAGUGUUCCAGUAUCAUGCCAAUGGAAAGGCUAUUGAACAUAUCUAUCAAUUAUGGUUAUCAAGCACAAGCAGAAUACAAUCAAGGAUAUUAUAUUUGAAGAUGGUUUGAGUUCUCAUCAGUUAGCUAUCCUCGUGGAAAUUGAUAUCGUUAUCAUUACUAUCAUUGUCAUCCUUCAAAUAUUACCGGGUUGUCAUGAUACAUCGUCCAUCAGUCUUAUUAUGUUACUAUCAUUCAAUUGUUAUGAUCCGUUUCAAGUAUGGUCAAUUACUGUAUUCAAAUGUUUCCAUAAAUGGUAUAUAUUGAAAGUCCGGUCUCAAUGUGAGGCUUCCUAUCUAACAAAGAAUAGUCAAAUAGUGUUUGGUCUAUUAGUUAUUGUUUAUAUUUAA